CCGGUGAUCCCCCUCACUCUCUGAACCGGACAGUGAUCGUUUCCUCUCCGGUGAUCCCCCUCACUUUCUGCUCUGGUCCUUAUAAGCCGAACAUCCCGGAUCAGAGCCCGCUGACUAACGGACUGUCAGCCGCCGAGAGGAGCACAGACACCGGCUGCAGGAGGAAAUGCGGCGUCUGUCAAAGAAGAAGAAUGUUGCCUUCGCACUGCUGUUUCUCGUCGGUGGAUUUUACUUCAUUAACCAUUCAGACUUCCUCAUUGCUGGUCUGAGGACGUCCUUGGAGCCCCCUCCUCAGGUGCUGACCUGGGAGGCGGAGCGACCCGUCAGCAAGGAGUCGUGGGUGGAGCAGGGCGACUUUCUACCUCUGAAUGUGUCCUAUCAGCUGCUGGCUGGAGCUGCGUCCCCUCAGCAGAGGUUUUUAUCAGUUGGAAUCUCCUCUGUGAAGAGGCAGAAGGGCAGCUAUCUGAUCCCCACUCUGCAGUCUUUGUUCUCCCGGUCGUCUCCCAAGGAGCGCUCCUCCAUGGUGGUGGUCCUGCUGCUGGCCGACUUUGAUGUGAGCUGGAGGGUCAGUACGGUGAAGGAGAUCAGGGCUGCGUUCACUUCAGAGCUGGAGCAGGGACAGCUGCUGGUCCUGCAUGUUCACCAGGAGUGGUACCCUCCUUUAAAAGGUUUAAAGAGGAACUACAACGAUGCUCCGGAUAGGGUGUCGUUCCGCUCCAAACAGAACCUGGACUACGCCUUCCUGAUGCACUACAGCGCUGCUCUGGGUCAAUACUACCUGCAGCUGGAGGACGACGUCUCCUCGGCUAAAAGCUUCCUGAGCACCAUCAGGAGGCGCGUGGACGAGCAGGAACGCAAGACGGGGACAACCUGGGCGAUGCUGGAGUUCUCCACCCUCGGCUUCAUCGGGAAACUCUACAAGUCAGCACACCUUCCUCUCCUGGCCCGCUUCCUCUUCCUCUUCUACCAGGAGAUGCCCUGUGAUUGGCUGAUGUCUCACUUCAGGACGCUGCUGACUCAGAAAGAACAAAUCCUGUUCAAGCCAUCGCUCUUCCAGCACAUGGGGACGUUCUCAUCCUUCCAGGGGACAUUCAACAAACUCAAGGACAAAAACUUUGAGGCCGGAUUCUUCAACAAUCCUCCAGCCGAAGUGUUUACCGACAUCUCCACCUUCCAGAAACACUUCCCCAAACUGGCCUGGGAGUCCGGGGAGGGAUUCUUCUGGGGACGCUCCCCCGAGGAAGGAAACCAUCUGACCGUAGUGUUCGCAGAGCCCGCCGUGGUGAUGAGGAUUCUCAUAGAAACGGGGUCAGGUGGAAAAGACCUGCUGCAGUCGGCUCAGGUGGAGGUGGGCCGUGAGGUGGUGUCCACGGAGAGGCAGGAGAAGACGUGUAAAGAGUUCCUGUCGGUGGGGACGUUAAAGAAUGGGGGCUUCGAGAUGCAGGAGGUGGACAAAGAGAUAAGCUCCGCCUCUUCCUGUCUCAGGAUCCUGGUGACAGCGUUGCAGAAGGACUGGAUAAUCGUUAACAAAAUCCGGAUCUCCAUAAAGUCCAGCUCAGGAGUGACUCCGUCCUCCUGAUGGAUUCGAUCUGUUGGAUAAACUUUAAGUGCCUUUUGAACUCUUUAAUGAAACAACGUCUGACCAAAGUCUGUGAGAACUUAUUAUCUUCAUCCUGAGGAGAUGUUAAAGAUAAAAUUAUUUAUAAGAGAUUCAUGUGUUUUAUAUUUUUAUACAUUUAAAGAAGAGCUGUCAGCAUUGACGAGUUAAUCACAUUAAUCUCAUGUUAUUUUGUCCCUUCAGGCUCUCCGUAGAUAGAGGUCCUCAGUGUCUCCCUGUAGUCUCAGUGAUGUAAAAGAAGGACACUGCUGCAUCUUUGAAUGUCUCAUUUCACUUUAACAAACUCUCAGACAGCUCAGCUGACGAGUCCAAAGUAAUAUCCACCUUAUGACAUCACACAUUGACCUUAUGACAUCACACACUGACCUUAUGACAUCACACAUUGACCUUAUGACAUCACACAUUGACCUUAUGACAUCACACAUUGACCUUAUGACAUCACACACUGACCUUAUGACAUCACACAUUGACCUUAUGACAUCACACAUUGACCUUAUGACAAUCACACAUUGACCUUAUGACAUCACACAUUGUGCAGGUGUGUGGUCUGGCUGAAUCGUCUAGUGUGUGUGUUCAGAAGAAUAGUGUGUAGCCAGACUUAAUUGCACAAAUAUGUCGUUUUUUUGUAUUUACAUUUUUUUUUUAACACCCUGCUCACCUGGAUCUGGGUCACACCCACCUUUUCCAGCCGUAUCCUCCUCACCCA